AUAUUUCAUAUCUCGUUAAAAAAACGAAGAAAGAGAAAGAGAAUUUCCUAAGAUGCCUAAGUGCGUCUAGUUUUAAAUGCAGUUGUAAAUGCUAUUUUAUUAUUGUUAUUAUUUAUAUCGCAUUUUGGAGAUACGAAAUACAUCUAUCUUCCAAAUACAAAAUGAAAUUAUAUUCCGUUUCGGACGGUCCACCGUCUCUCGCUUGUCAGCAACUGUUGAAGGCUUUGGAUAUCGAGUACGAGUUGAUCAACGUAGAUUUUGGGAAAAGCGAACAUUUGACUAACGAAUACGAAGAGCUGAAUCCACAAAAAGAGAUACCUACUCUAAUUGAUGAUGAUCUAAUAAUGGGCGAAAGCAAUGCUAUUUUGCAAUAUCUAGCCGAUCAAUAUGAUUCAAGUGGUAAACUGUAUCCAAAGGAGCCAAAAUUGCGCGCAAUCGUCAAUCAUCGUCUGUGCUUCAAUUUGGCGCUUUAUUAUCGCAAUAUUUCCGAAUAUGUUAUGGCACCGAUAUACUACGAUUAUCAACGCACGCCAUUAGGUUUGAAGAAAACGAAAAUGGCGCUGGAUAUUUUUAACACAUACUUGCAACGCGAAAAUUCCACGUACGCGGCAGGAAAUAACUUAACAAUCGCCGAUUUUCCGCUGGUAACUGCCACGAUGUGUCUGGAAGCCAUCGACUUCCAGUUGGACUCGUGGCCUUAUGUGGUGAAAUGGUAUGAAAAUUUCAAACAGAAACACCCUGAUCUUUGGGAAAUCGCGGCUGAUGGAAUGCGUGAGAUCAGUUACUUUGAGAAAAAUCCGCCCGUUUCUUCCGUGGAUCACCCGAUACAUCCGGUGCGCAAGAACGCGUGAAGAAUUAAUAAAUCUUCUCGCGGGAUUAAGAUUCACAGUUUCUUUACAUGUGAUAUGAAGAAAAUGAUGACAAUAAAAUAAGUGAUAUUUUGA